AUGAAACGCACGUCGAGCGCGCUCGAUCAUUCGCUUCCUGCGCGACCCUCGAAACGCCAGGAGCUUUCGCCGUCUGAACCACCGCCUGCUUGGUCAACGGAUAAUUCUGGCCCUACUCUUGCGCUUCCGUCACUUGCCCCGCCCUCGCGCCCACCGCCUUUCCAGCAACCACUCCCGCUCUUGACAUUUUCCUACGAUAACUCGCACACCUUGCACUUCGACGACUCUGCCAGACGGUACUACGUCGAUCCACCACCAGGCGCCGACCUGGGACACGGAUACGACAGAUGGAUACGAAGACCGGAUGAACGAGGCAGGUUGGAUACCUUGUUGAGAGCGUAUGAUCGCGCGAGGGAGAAGGCGAAGGAAAGGCCCGAACUGGGCAACGUUACCGCCGGCGCGGUAUGUUGGCGGGGCGUCAUGACCAAGAUACUCACUGCGCCAUACGAGUCGCGUGAUGGUUUCGCGCUGAACGUGAUGCUGGUCAAUGACACGCUAUAUCUCGAGGAGCACCUCACUGCCGCGCAAUUGCAGUCGAAGAACGACAUGCCGCCUCGACAGCGACAGAUGACGUAUUACGGCUACGCGUUUGAGAGCUGGUGUACCUCCGACACAACCUCGCCGUCACAAGGAGGAUGGGGUGGCGACGUCGACACGAACGUUCAGUGGUGCCAGGUCGUCAAGACGAAACUCGGCAGUACACGACUUGUCAUGGGCGGCGAAGUCGACUGCGUGCGACCGGGGCAGGACACACUGGUCGAACUCAAGACGAGCAUGGCGAUCCGCGGACUGCAGGACGAGCAGCGCUUCGAGAAGAAGUUGCUCAAGUUCUAUCUUCAAUCGUUCUUACUGGGUGUGCCGGAGAUUGUCGUGGGCUUCCGGACGCCACAAGGUCAUCUUACGACGCUUCAGUCCUUCAAGACGCUUCAUCUUCCCCGCAUGGUUCGCGGCAAACACGGUGCUUGGGACGCGCAAGUCUGUCUCGCAUGGGGAGACGGUGUGCUUAGUUGGCUACGCGCAGAGAUCACUCGCGACUCUGGCCCCGAGGCGAACGGAGGAGCGAAUGGAAAAGGAGUUGAGGGAAACCCCACGCCGAAGAAGAGAGCCAAUGUGUGGCGCGCCACAUUCACGGCGGGCGAAGGUGUCAGGCUUAUGCGACUGGAUGAGGAGGACGUGAAGGAUGUGGAAGGUGGAGAAGACCGUGUCGGGCUUCUACCAAGAUGGUACUGGGAAAGCGAAGUGGCCAAGGACAGCGGCGAGGGUACACGACAGGCGGAAACCGGGAAAUCGACGGGAGAGUCGACGACUGCAACUGUGCAGAAGGUGGCGAAAGAAGCUGCGCUCGCUCGGAUGGUGAAGGGAGUUCAAGAUGUCAGUGCACAAGACAAACCGGCUACAUCAGGCGCCAGAGGCUCAAGUUGGAAAAUAUGA